CUACAGUAUAAACACAUCUCUCGCUCUCAUUCUGCGUCACUUCUUCUUCUCUGCGCUCAGAGAACGGACCCUCCGUGUUCUUCUGUCGGUAUUUAAACGUCACCAUGCGUCUCCGGCGGUCUCUCUCCGCGUCAUCGGCGACCCGUUCAUGGUAAAGUUUUUCCCCCGGUGCCGCGGCGGCGGCGACGGCGCGCGACAGCAUCGCGACCUGCUGCGGCAGGUGAAGAGGCGGCGGCGGCGACGCCACGCGACCGAUGGAGAGAAGGAGGAAGAGGAGGCAGGAGGAGGCGAAGGAGGAGGCGGAGGGGGGAGAGGAGGAAGAAGAGGAGUCAGGACCAGAACCACAGCGAGAUUCAGGCUCCAGGUGCCUCGUUUGACUCAACGUCGCCGUCUGAGCGUGCUCAGUGGCAGCGUGUCUCGUCCCAUCCCGUGGCGGCGACGGCCAAUCGCCUUCCUCUACUAUGCCCUGUCAGUCAGCGCUCUGCGGCCGUUGGCUAAGCGGGUGGCAUUGUACCGCUCCUUCCCGACCCGCCUCCUCUCUCGGGCCUGGGGCCGGCUGAACGGGGUGGAGCUCCCCAACUGGCUGCGAAAGCCGGUCUACUCGCUCUACAUCUGGACCUUCGGAGUCAACAUGCAGGAAGCCGCCGUGGAGGAUUUACAUCAGUACAGGAAUCUGGGGGAAUUCUUCCGUCGACGUCUCAAACCGGCGGUCCGACCACUCUGCGCCAACUCUUGUCUGAUUUCUCCGGCUGACGGGAAAAUCCUCCACUUCGGUCAAGUAAAGAACUCGGAGGUGGAGCAGGUGAAGGGGGUCACAUACAGUCUGGAGAACUUCCUGGGUCCACAGAAGAGGCGGAGCAACGACUCCACGUCGUCCUUCAGAGACCUCUUGCUGUCGUCUCCUGACAACGACCUGUUCCACGUGGUGGUCUACCUGGCUCCAGGUGACUAUCACUGUUUCCAUUCGCCCGCAGACUGGAAGGUGGAGCUUCGCCGUCACUUCCCAGGCUCGUUACUGUCCGUUAACCCCGGCGUGGCUCGUUUGGUCAAAGAGCUCUUCUGCCUUAACGAGCGCGUGGCGCUCACCGGCCAAUGGCAGCACGGCUUCUUCUCGUUAACGGCGGUCGGGGCCACAAACGUCGGCUCCAUCAGAGUUUACUUCGACCAGGAGCUUCAGACCAACGUUCCUCGCUAUAAUAAAGGUUCAUUCCACGACCACAGCUACGUCACCAUCGACGGCCAAUCGUUGAAGGCGGAUGGAGAAGGGGGCGUGGUCUUGCAGAAGGGGGCGGCGGUGGGGGAGUUUAACCUCGGCUCCACCAUCGUUCUGCUGUUCGAAGCUCCCAAAGACUUCAGCUUCAGUCUGCAGCCGGGCCAGCGAAUUAGAGUGGGGGAAGGACUCGGCAGCCUCUGAUUGGCCCAGCUGCAUGCUCAGAGGGAGGGGCAUGAAGAUGAGUAACUGCUGCUGUCUGAUAAAAGACAGGUAUCGUUUGUGGCAUUGUGGGAAUUUUUUUCUCAGUAACAAAUGACCUGUGGAGGACAUAAAGAGGACUCAGACUCCCAGAAAGCCUUGUGCCUCAUGGGUGGGGAGGGCGGGGGGGCGGGGGUGUGGGGGGGUGUUGAACGCCAAAGCUCUGUGUUUUUUUUUUUUUCUGUCCCGUCUCGUCUGAAAUAAAAAAUACUCUGUCCACUGACGUAGUUUGAAUGCCUGAAGCUUUAUUGUUCAAAAAGGUCCUUUUUGUUUCUACUUUUAACCAAUCGGAGCUGUCAAAGCCGAUUAGGUUGCCUGUGAUUGGACAAAAAGAUCAUGUUACUCAAUGCUAACGUUUUAAUUAGUUAAGAUCUAUAAUUUUGUAAAAUAUGUAAUUCUGAAUAAAUAUUCCUUUCUCA